GAUGACGUCACAUCCGCAUUUGGCCACAACAAUGGCGGAUGAGUGUGCACAAAUACUCCAAAAUGCCAACUUUGAGUUUAAAAACUCUAAUUUCAAAAGGGCCGAAGAACUUUACAACAAGUUCAUUUCGUCUUGUGAACAUUUCAGGGAACGUGAAGCCUCUUGUUUGGCGACAGCUUACAACAACCGCGGACAAAUAAAGUAUUUUCGGGUGGAUUUUAACGAAGCCGUCGAGGAUUACACCUCGGCGAUACAGGCUGAUGACAAGUUUGAAGUAGCGUUCUACAACAGAGGACUAAUACAUUAUAGACUGGGUUUCUUUGACGACGCCGUUAGGGAUUUCCGACGAGCUUUAAAGCUCAACGAAACCUUUGAGGAUGCCAAAGUCGGCCUUCGACGGACUCUGCUGGACCAACAGGACAAGACAAACAGAGAAUAUUGACAUAUGUGAUCAUUUGUGUCCAACCUGUGUUGUUUAUGUACAUACAUGCACAUUUAACUCAUAAAAAUGAUAUUAAAUAAAGUUUUUAUGUCCCUUCACAAGCCCAUUUGUCUAGUUAAAGAUGAAAUACAAAGAAAACUAGAAUCCCACUCAGGAGAACACACUGACCUCAGCCAAAGCUGAACAGUCUUAAUUUAAUAUUUACAGUGAACAGACUUCCUGGUACAGGGUUUCCCUAAAUUAUGGCUAAAUAAGCAUUAAAAAAAUGCA